AUGGCUAUUAUGGCAUUGGUUAUGGCGGGUAUCAUGUUAUUCUUACCAAAACUUCAACAGAAUAUGAUGGAUGAGGAGACAAUGAAGGAGAUGAAGGAAGUUGCCGCCAAAGAUGAUGGUAUCACAGGAGGCUUGAUGAGAGCGAUGACUGGUGGUGGACCUACCACAGAGACCUCAGUUAAGAAUACUAAAAAGGAAGGUGGUAAUAGUAGUGGGAAUUCCCGUCGUAAGGGGGGUCAGCAUAAAGGAUAG